CUUUGAUGUGAAAAUACAGAGGUUGGGUGCGCAAGAAGAAAAAAAAAAGUAAAGGAAAACAAUGAGUUAGCCGGCUAUCUUUUCAAAGCUGUACAUUUGGCUAUUUAAUAUACUGCUUUUCACAAGUAAAGUUUGCAUCAUACAAUUUGUUAUAUUAAACAUUGAAAAAUUGUUAAGAAUAUUUUUUUGGUCAUUUUCUUGCCAUUUUUGAGGUAUUGAAUGUUAUUAUAGUUUGUAAAAGUUUUAGUUAGUGCGUCAAAUAUAAGCAAAUUUCCGUCACAACUGACUCUCGCCUCUAAAUUUAUCAGUUGAACAAAUUUCUCUUCGUCCAGUCUAUGUUUGCUCACUUGGCCCGUCUUUUGUAGGGGCUCUAUCACCCAAGUUCAACAACAGUUUCCCUGUACUUUUUCGAAAUAAUUAUCGAAUGAGAAAACCCAUACAUAAUCCAAUUUAAAUGACUUCUAAGUCAAGUCUCGGAGGUGAAACCUACUUAACUAAAUGGUACAUAAUCAAUAUCCCUAGGACAUAUACGCUACAAAUCUAUUGGCUUAGUCCAUCUCUACUCAACAAACCAAAAAAAAAGAUAAUAAUAAUAUCCCCGCUUUAAAGAUGCAUUAAACAAUACUUGAUUGAACUUUUAGUUUAGCGGUUAUACAAACCCCAUUGUGAACGAUUCAAACGAACGAAAUCAAUCAAAAUAUCGAUUUUGCUUAAAAUUUCUACAAAUAAAAGAAGUAAAAGUGAAAAAAAAAAAUUAGAAAAGCGGGAAGAAAUGAUAAGACAGGAGAACUUGGCAGCUAACUUUUGUGGUCUAUUAGCCAGUCAAGGUUACAAAGACAAGGCUUUGGAAUGGCGUAUUUUGGGACAAGAACAGGAUGGUUCAAUGUUGGUUUCUUGGCAAUUUGAAGAUCUUCAGACAUUAUCCCGCGAAACCUGUAUUGGGCACUUUAAUGUCACUAAGAAGUUAUUGUGUAUUUUUUACCGUUUGGGAAAGUGUGCAGACGUAGUUCAAGCUACUGUUAACAGCACAUUAACUUUGUUGGCUUAUAUUGUUAAAGAACAUUGGAAGGGCUCCUACUCUAGAACUACCACCCCGCCAACAUCAGAAGAGACCAGCAACUGCAAGGAUAAACCGUUAGAAUUGCAUUACAAUGCUUUUAUUGUAGAAAUACGAGCAGAUAACAAAGGAAAGGCAAUAAGUCUUUUGAAACCACCAACGAAGAGACAGGUUAUGUCGCAAUUUCUGUGGCGUUCUGAAAAUCGCUUCGAUAAAAUUUGGCAAGAUAAACUUUUGAUAAUGGUGCAUGGUCAAAAUAUUCUCCAGUUCUCUUGCAAUAUUAUGGUUAAAAACUCUGCAAUAUCUAAUGUAAACUUUACUUCUGAUGAUAACUGGUAUUUGGACAUCAAUCUGCAGUCUGAGUGUUUGGCAAAAUGUUUUACGUGGGCUCAGUGGGACAGUGACAAUCAGACUUUAUAUUACAUACAUAUGAAACCAAAAACCAAAAGCUUAAGUUUAAUGGAAACCGAUAACGAUAAUAUUGACUCGGAGAGUACCUUGAGUCCCACUUUGUCCGCUUUCCAAUUUAACGACAAAUUACCCACAGAAACGGUGCUUAAUAUACCCUUAAAUCUUCCUAAAUUACCAACCGGGUCGUUUCGCGAUGACGAGCCUGCUUAUGAGGAUGACGUGGUGCCGCUGCGAGUUCACGAUACGUCUUUAAAUCUGAUUAUAUUAACAGAACCCAGCGGCAUGUUGUUUGUAUGUCACUAUUAUUUGUAUCAGCCCAUUCAACCGAAGAAUGUGGACGAAAGUGAGACUCCAUCGACUGGAAGUUCUGCUAGCUCGACUACGAACUCUGCUACAUCGACUCAUCGCAAAGUAGAUGUGCAUUUUGCUUACUCUGUAACUCUACUGCAUCAUGGUUGUGCUGUGCACUGCGUGAUGCCAGGCGUGUUGUGGGAGAAGGCUCGAUUAUUAAAGCCCACUUUUGCUUUGCAUGGAUCUCAUCACUUGCUAGUCUUUCAACCGGAUCUCUUUGUACAUCUCUUAGAUGUGGGUUUAACACAUGAACCUUGCUACUGUCAUAUUGUAUGCACGGCCCAUAACCGCAAUCCUGUUACACAGUUGAUACCAUGUCGUAAAUGGGGUUCAUUAGCUUACGAUACUGCCACCCUAGAUCUAGUGUCGUUAACAGUGCCACGUUCUCAUUUGAUAGAGACUUUCCGUAAUGACACAUCUGUCGAUAAUCGCUUGAGUAUUAUCCAUUAUUUUUUAGUGCAUUCAUCUAACGAUCAGCUAGAUGUCUUGGCUGAAUUGUUGAGUAUAAUCAUGGAACGGCCAUUAUUUUUGGAUACAGUGGCAUUGUUAAAAGAGUCCCUAGUAGCUGGAAGUUAUGCUGCUGCUAUAAGAGAUUUACCCUCCGAUGCAGUAGCAAUGGCUCGUUAUCUGCCUCUAACUACAGUUGACGCUGGUCGCCCAAUACAGGCACGCGUAGCUGAAAUAAGUGUAGGAAUAUCCCAUGAAAGUUUAUGGAAUACUAGCAUGAUGUUAUUGUCGCCACAACAAAGACUUUCGCCCUAUAAAGCUGAUAUCUGGACCCGAGUUUGGGAGCAUCUCAAUGAGGUAGGGCAGAGGGAACAUGGCAAUUGUGGGAAUCGCCGUUUCACCGUAGAACAAGUCAACGAAAAGCUUAUGUUUUCUUUAGCCUGUUAUCAACCAGAGGCAUUGUCACGUUGCACCACGCCACAAACGCCGAGUGGUAUAUCGGGCAGUAGUAGUUUAAAUGAUUUCUCCGUGGCUAGUCGACGCAAUUUUAAUGAAGUAAUGCCUUUUACUGAAAUAGAAUCUUGUACGGCCACCAAGCAGGAACAUGUGAUGUCCGUGACCUUACGUGAAUUAAGUGUACAUUUGGUGAAAAAUUCUUCGAAACCAAACACUGGUUUUCGUUGGCUUAAAGAAACGUUUUUUGAGCGAUCUCAAGCACCAGCCCAUAUUCACAAAGUUGCUACACAUUAUGUUGGAGCUCAGUUGGAGCUAUCACGUUCCCUUUGCUCUUUGGUUUGUCGAGCAGCUGGCUUGGAUGCGCGUCACGAGACUUUGCGGGGCUUUGCAUUGAUAGAUCAAAUGAUCAACAGCCAACAAUAUUCCCUAUUUCUUAUUUUGGAACGUUAUUGUUUGGCUGUCGAUUCUAUAGCAUUUCCACUGCCGCAAGGUUUUGCUUCUUUCUUCACUUAUUUGGGGUACAAAGCAUUAACUUUCGACAUGUUUUUGCAAUAUGUACAAAAUCAUGUAUUCGAAAUGCAAGUGGAUGUCAUGAAAUCUAUAAUAAAUGACAUUGAUGACACACGUGAUGGCAUAGAAAAGAAAUUAUCUCUGCUAUCGGUAUUGCCAAAGCAACGUGCCCAGCGUUUGCUUAAAAGUUGGCAUCAUCCUGAAAGUUUAAUGAUACGUGGUCGUGAACACGCCGCUAAUGUCUUGUCUGGUACGGCAAUACAAUCACAACGCAAGGGCAAUCUAUGCAAUAUGAACACCCAAGCCCGUUCUGUCAUAAGAACUGAUUUUAAAUCGGACCUUUCUAUGCAAAUUGCGUUUUUUAUAGCGCUAAUAAUAAUUUCAAUGGCGUUUUUAGGGAUGAUAGGGCUUUUUGUCGUUCUAGAAAUAUUGCAGAGCUCCCGAUAAUAUUUACUUUUGAAGGAAACAUAUUUCCUCUAACUGUGAUUUUUUAUCGUGUUUGGUAAGCGAAUCUUUGUGUUUGUAUAGUUGUAAACUGCGAGAUGUUAUCUUAGAGUAGUUAGGGUUUACCGUCUUCAGAUAACAGGUUGAAUCAAAAGUGCGCGGAACGUAAUAGUGUGUGAGCUACGGCAUAAGAAAACGUUUAUAGCCGUUAAACGGUCGAUUCAGUCAUGCAUAUAAACAAAAAACACAGUUGCUUAAUAAUAAGAUGAUGUAAAAACAGAAACGUAUAAAAGUUUAAAGUUACGUGGGCGUUGGACUUUUCUUGAAAAAAGUUUGGUCGUGGGAUAUGAACUCUCCUUGUCACAGAAGCAAAGAGAUGAAGAAAGAAGAUGCGAAGCCACGAAGAUGACAAGGUAGAUUAUGACAUUUCAAUUGAAUGGGUAAAACAAUUCGUGAGGAACGAAUUGAAGAAAAAAAAAGAUGCACAUAUACGUUUUCAUGAUGCUUAGAAUGAUUGACUGACACUGUUGGAGGUGUUUUACAUCUACUAAGCCUUAUCUUUUCUGUUUUUGAUUCGUUCCAAAAUCUCGAAAAUUUUGUAGUAAUGAAUCCUUUUUUUCAAAAGGAGAAAUUGAAACGGCAAUACUUUCAUAUUUUGUUGAUCUCUCUGACCCAAUCAAAUCUCCUAUGAAACUAAUUAAUAAUUAAACUGAAACCUGAAGGAAGAAAAUACUAAACCAUUAAAUACAUUUUCAAAUUAUAAAUUCCGCGCACUUUUCAGUAAGCCUAGUAUAAAU